GGGUUGUGACUAGGAGGAGGCCGCGAUCGUGUGUGUACCGCUGUCUCUGGGUGACACAGAUGGACCAGUCCUCUCAGUCCUACAUGCUUGCCAACAUAACCCACUUGCACUCAGAACAGCUUCUGCAGGGCCUGAACCUCCUCCGCCAACACCACGAGCUCUGCGAUAUUGUCCUCCAGGUUGGCGAUGUCAAGAUACAUGCCCAUAAAGUGGUGCUCGCCAGCAUCAGCCCAUAUUUUAAAGCCAUGUUUACAGGAAACCUUUCAGAGAAAGAGAAUACGCAGGUAGAAUUCCAGUGUGUCGAUGAGGCCGCCCUCCAGGCCAUCAUAGAAUACGCCUACACAGGGACAGUUUUCAUUUCCCAGGAAACAGUCGAGUCUCUUCUUCCAGCGGCCAACCUGCUACAGAUCAAGCUAGUGCUAAAGGAAUGCUGUGCGUUCCUGGAGAGCCAGCUCGACGUGGGCAAUUGCAUUGGCAUUUCGCGCUUUGCCGAGACUUAUGGCUGCCAUGAACUUUACCUAGCUGCCAACAAGUUCAUAUGCCAGAACUUUGAGGAUGUCUGUCAGACGGAAGAGUUUUUCGAGCUGACGAAUUCUGAGUUGCAUGAGAUCGUUUCCAAUGACUGUUUGAAUGUUGUUAGUGAGGAGAGUGUGUUUUAUGCGCUAGAGACCUGGAUCAAGUAUGACGUACAGGAGAGGCAGAAGUUCCUCUCCCAGUUGUUGCACUGUGUCCGACUGCCUUUGCUGAGUGUCAAAUUUCUCACCAGGCUGUAUGAAGCUAAUCACCUUAUACGCGAUGACCAUACCUGUAAACAUUUACUCAACGAAGCUCUGAAAUACCAUUUUAUGCCUGAACAUAGACUCUCCCAUCAGACGGUGCUAAAGACUCAGCCUCGCUGUGCUCCCAAAGUGCUUUGCGCAGUGGGAGGGAAAGCUGGACUGUUUACUUGUUUGGAGAGCAUGGAGAUGUAUUUCCCCCAGGACGACUCUUGGAUAGGCCUGGCGCCUCUGUCAACGCCUCGUUAUGAGUUUGGACUAUGCACCCUGGACCAGAAAGUGUAUGUUGUUGGGGGCAUUGCCACUACUGUGGGGGGCAUUGUCAAUCAAAUGCGACAGGGCAUCAAUAUGAGGAAGCACGAGAGCUCUGUGGAGUGCUGGGACCCGGUCACCAAUACGUGGACGUCUGUGGAGAGGAUGAACGAGUGUCGCAGCACCCUAGGCACUGUAGUUUUAGCAGGAGAACUUUAUGCCUUAGGAGGAUAUAAUGGACAGUCAUGCUUGCAGUCAGUGGAAAAAUAUAUCCCGAAAGCAAAGGAGUGGCAGCCGGUUGCUCCAAUGAUUAAGACGAGGAGCUGCUUUGCAGGCGCUGUCCUGGAUGGCAUGAUCUACGCUAUAGGUGGUUAUGGCCCAGCUCAUAUGAACAGUGUGGAACGUUACGAUCCGGCUAAGGACUCUUGGGAAAUGGUGGCGCCUAUGGCUGAUAAAAGGAUUAAUUUUGGAGUGAGCGUAAUGCUGGGAUUUAUCUUUGUAGUUGGGGGACACAACGGGGUGUCUCACUUGUCCAGCAUCGAGCGCUAUGACCCUCACCAAAACCAGUGGACAGUGUGUAGACCCAUGACGGAACCCAGAACAGGUGUCGGUGCAGCAGUGAUUGACAACUACCUCUAUGUGGUCGGUGGUCACUCAGGUGCGACCUAUCUAAACACAGUGCAGAAAUACGACCCUAUCUCAGACACUUGGUUGGAUUCAGCCGGCAUGGCGUACUCUCGGUGUAACUUUGGUCUGACGGCCCUUUGA